AUGGCCCUGGCUGUGAAUAAGAUGUGCCAUCUCUUCAGAGAGACCAGAACUGACUGUAAAGAGAGAGAAGUGCUCAAACAUGUCAGAGACUAUAACAAGCGCUACUCCGGAGCACCAAGACAGGUAAAGGAUUACUUGUGCGAUACACCCCUCUUUCUGCUCUUUCUGGUGCGAUGGCUGGGGAACAUGAGCGGCCUGGUGUGGCUGUUUCUCUUGAGGGUGGCUGUCUGUGGAUUUGGCGCUGCCAUGUCUUUGGCCUCCCCACUGGAGACUCUUCCUGGGCCGCUGAGCAGUGUGCUGGGCACGCUGGAUGAUUUUGUAGUGGUCUUCCUUCUUCUCAUCUGCAUUAUUAACAUCAACCAGCAGAUGGGGCCGCAGAGGACAAGAACACACUCGGUCAUGCAGGGUGUGCUGACCGACACGUUGUAGAGGACAGUGAUGAUGU